GCGGGGAUCUUAUCCAUGUAGAGGCUACGAGGUCGUACGGAGUGUUCCAUCGUAGACGACGGCAGUGGACAAAAAAAAAAAAAAAGGCGCAGGAAGCGAGUGAUUAGGCGAGACGGGCCGUCACUAAGCCGGCCAUGUCCACCGCUCAGAACCUUCGCGAAGCGGAACUACUGACGACGUUCGUCGGCCUCCUGUCCCUGAUACAGCUGCGGCUCCUGGCGGCGGCCAUCGUCACGGGAGGUCCUUCCUGAUGCUGCGGCUACCGGCCGGUGAUGACCAUUCCCUGCAAGUUCUCACGGAGGCUGCUUCUGUGCGUCACAACCUGCGUGGGCCUCUACGUCGUCUUCCUGUGGUACCUGCACCUCUCCCACUUUGGCCGCCGCGUGGACGUCGGCCUCGCAGAAGCGCUCACUUACGACCUCUCCGUUGCCGCGCCCACGCUGAACGGAGGGUCUGAAACCAGGAGGAAUUCGGGGUCGUCGGCCAAGCGCAUUCUAUCGAAGAAUCGAUUCGAAAGCGGUCGUCACACGUACACUUUCGCAUACAUCUUGAACAAGCCGAAUUUGUGCUCCGAGCCACCGUCGACGGCCGUUCUCAUAGUCGUCAUCACGAGCUCCAUCAACUUCGCGCAGCGCAACGCCAUCCGUAGCACCUGGGGCGAUGCGGCUCGCCGCAGGGGCUACAAGGUGAUCUUCCUAGUGGGGACGCCCAAACUGAAGCCUUUCCAGAGGAACAUAGCGUACGAGGAUUCCCAAUACGGUGACAUGGUUCAGGCGGACUUCAUCGACUCGUACCGAAACCUGACGCUGAAGUCGAUCACCAUGGUUCGCUGGGCGAGCGCCUACUGCUCCAACGCGAGCCUCGUGCUCAAGAUCGACGACGACAUGCUGCUGAACGUGUGGGACCUGGCAGCUCGCGUUCGGACCCUCAGCGGAGUCAAGCGGACGAUCUGGGGGCUGCUGGCGCAGAAGUGGACGCCCCAGAGGAAUCCCCGGAGCAAGUGGUACGUGUCUACCAGGGCGUAUCGGAACUCUUCCUACCCGGACUUCCUGGCCGGACCGGCGUACCUCCUGUCCGGGGACAGCGUGCCGCUUCUGGCGCGCGGCAGCGAGGGCGUGCCCUAUCUGUACCUGGAGGACGUCUUCCUCACGGGCAUCGUCGCCGAGAAGGUGGGCGUCCGCAGGGUUCACGACGAGGGCUUUCUCAACUACAGGAAGCUCUUCACGCCGUGCACAAGGCCCACGAUCCUGACGAGCCACGGGUACACGCCCCUCUACUUGAAGCACACCUGGCGGGCGCUGUUUGCCGGUGCCGAGAGGCGGACUUGCGAUGAUGGCGCGCCUGUGGACGGCGACGGAGGGAACGGCACGGCAGUGAAGACGAACGUUGAAGUGCGGGGCAGUGAUUGAUUAGUCG